ACCAAACGAUUAAUCUUCAACGAAUUAUUUAAUUCCAGUGAAAUCCAUGUUUAUGUACAGUGUUUUUAGCCAUGCAAAUCCGAUACUUAAACUCGGCAAUAGCAUUAAGCUCCAUUAAUAACUUGCAUGAUUGACCUAUUUACAUUAACGACCAAAAUAAACACAACACAUUUUUACCAUUUGCAAAAGAGUAUAUACUCUCCAUUUAUAUGGGAGUACUGCUUAACUUUGCAAUUCAUGUGGAGUUUAAAUGAAGAGGACCAAUAGGAUGUUAAAAUAUGUUACAGCAACAAACUGAGUGAGACUAGUUUGAACACAUGUGGAACCUUAACAUUAUCCAAAAUCUAAAUAAAAUGGAAACUGAGAUUCAGGAUGUUAUACCUAGAUGGGCUACCAGCAUAAAAAUAUCAGCUACAAAAAUGCAAUAAGACAAUCUUGCAAAAUGAAUGCUGAUUUGGCACAAUAAAAUAAAAAAUAAAUGGCACAUACUGUAUAUAGAUGUUUCUAAUAUAGAACUACAAUAAAAAGUCAUAUAUUUGCUUGAAGCAAUGAAGCCUCUACUUUGUCAAAACAACUCAGCCAUGGACGAUAGAACACAUGAUGGCAGCAAACACCAAGCAAUCAUACGAGCAAGGUCUGCAGAAGAGAAAUCCAACAAUUGUCAUAAACUUGCAGAUAGAAAAUACUCUGCUCCUGAAAUUUUUGUGUUUGAACAAGUUGAUGAGGCAGAGGUUGCAUCAAAGAAUGACUAUGAACAGCAAAGCCUUUUGUGUCAUAACCUAAAUUCCAAUUGCAUGCCUCCUGGGGUUUCUCUGUUAAACUUCCAAAGUAUUGUACAGGAGCUGGUCAAAACAAAGAUGUUUCUACACUCUCAGCUUAAGAAAAUUGAAAAUGAAAAGGCUCAAGAAUUGGAGUCUUUACGGAGUGAGGUCUACACACAGAAGAAGCACAAUCAGUUACUUCAGGUAACUACAAAGAGUGGUAUGCAGAUACCUUCACAUCACAGAACUGUGAGUGAGCUGGAGAAAUGCAAGAUUGAGUUGUCACGGCGACCCAAUCCCAGUGUUCAACUGAAGCAUGAGGACAGCUUCGAACUGACCUUGGCAUCACAGCCAGCGCAGGUGUCACACCAGGUGAAAGAAGUUGCUGAUGUUCAAAAGCUGAAUGACCAGAUCUCACAACUGUGGAAGAGAAACCAGGAGUUGUUGGGCGAGAAUGAGAGUCUAAAGCGAUGCAAGGAGGAGUUGGAGUCACAGUACUGCAACCUGAGAGACAAGGUGAGAAUAUUUGGUACUUGUCUUCAGGAUGAGAAAUCUAAAAACCAAAGACUGGAGGACCAACUGUUAAGUAUGAAGGAAAAUAACAAGAAACUGUCAGAAAAAGUGGGCGAACUCAGGCAAAAAUAUGAGGAGCUCAGUCUGGAGAAGCAUGCCUUGGAGAAGAACCUAACCCUACAGGACGCUCGGGCCAGCAAUGUUACCCUACAGAAGCAUUCGGGGGAGAGCCCACAUAACUCCUCACAAGCCCUCUCCAAGGGUCACACCUCAAAGUCUGUCAGAACUGCUGAGCUGUCUUCAGCGGAGACUUCCCGGCCAUUAAAUAUUGCAACAAAGGCAGUGGCCUUUAACAACCUUAAUGUUGAUUCAGAAGCCAAAGUCUCAAAUGUUCAAGUUCAUGAAUGUCCUCGGUGUUUGCAAAAUUUCAAUAAUGAAGACUUUUAUUUUAAACACCUUCAGAUAUGUAUUGAAUAAAUAUAAUACUGUGAAACCAUUGUUAUUCGUCAGGCAUUUAUUUUUGUCUAUUUCGUCCGAACCGAUUAAAAAAUUUAAGAUCCUAACGAAUAAUUAUGUCUGAUGUUUAAACAAAAUUCAAGGGUGUUGACUAAUUGGCAAUUGGCUUCAUUUUUUCAAACACUCAUUAACGGUUAUUUGGUCCCGCUAUUCCGAUAAUCAUAACAAUGAACUUGUCAAUGGCAUAUACAUGUAAUAAUAAGGGCCAAUACUAGACAUAGACAUAGACAUGUUUAUUAGGUAAUAUAGGCCACUGACCCAAAAUACAGCAUUAACAUGAAACUAUGUCAAACAGAGUGAUACAUAAUCAUACAUUUAAGAACAUUAAAGCAUGUUGUUAUACACUUAAUUUAUCUCAAGCAUUUAAUUUACUAAUGCUAGAAUAGAAAAAGUUUCCCAAAUGAUAACCUUAUACACAUGAUUAAAAAGUAAGAAAGAGCAAUACAACAAUCUAUUUCAGGUAUGUAUGUUUAAGAUUUCUUUUCUUCUUACAAGCGAGUUAUGCAAAAACUUAGUAAUAUUUAUAAUAUUAUAUUCAUCUUUUAAGCAUAAUAUAGUAUAAAACAUUUGAUGAGAUCGGUUUCUUAACCAGUCAGCUUUGAAGAAUGUUUGCCUAAAUGUUUUGUAUUCAUUACAUUAAAAAAAGAAAUGAUACUCACCUCAACUACCCUUAUAUUAUUUUUUACACAUAAUGGACAAAAUCUUAAAUUUCUAUCUAUUAAUAAGUGUCGAACUUUCUCAAUCAUGAGGUCAUGCGCUGAGCAAAGAAAACUUGACAAAGUUUUCCUUAAAACAAAAGACAAAUUAAUAUUUAGAUAUGGUUCACAGUACAAAUCAGUUUAAAAAAAUCUAUAAUGCAAAGCUUUAGGAGAAUUAUCAAUUUUUGAUUUCCAUACUUGAAGAUAACAAUCUUCUAUUCGUGUUUUGAACAGAUGAGAUGUAUAAAAUUGUCUUCAUGCCCGACACCUUGAGCAAACCAAACCUAACCAAAUCCACAACUAAAUAGUAAUUCUCUGAUAUAACUAGCCCAUGUCCUUGAACCUGCAUCAUCUAACUCUUCUAACAUUUUAUGACACUGUUUAGGAUAUCGAUGAUUUUCCAUACGGGUGAUUUUCAACCAGAACUUGAUGCAAUUUGGGAUAUAUGUUAUACAUAAAGGACAUUCUCCUAAAGCUAAGAUAUCAGGUGUGUUUUGUGGUAAAUUACAAUAUUGUUUACAAAAUUUUAUUUUAUGCUUUCCGGUGGCCUAUAGAGAAAUAUUAGUGAAAUAAAACUGAUAUUUCGAAAAAUAACAGUGAAAAAAAUCGAUAUUUUUUACUGUUUUACUGAGAAAUGACGUCUUUUUUUCGACGAAAUGACGUCAGAAAUCCAGAGAAAUUAUCCAGUUAAACUAUUUUACAAUGUAAAUAAACGGUGAAAAAAGCAGAAAAUAAAAAGAAAAUUUGUUGGAUUUGAUGGGAUAUCGAUUUUUAUUCACUCAUGAUCAUAACAUAUACAUAUUUUCACUUGUGGCUGCGCCACUCGUGAAAAUAGUUUUAUAUGAUCACUUGUGAAAUAAAAUCGAUAUUUCAUCAAAUCCAACAAAUAUCCUCAAUUUAUUUGUACUUUUUCAAUUUUAACUACAUAUGAAUAGCCCCAUAUUUUGGAUCCGUAACAAACCUAUUAUCUUUGACAGACCCGAUUAAUCCAACAAUAAAAAUGUUGAGAUAUAAUUAUGAAAAUCAACAUCAUCUUGGUAUUUUAAAAGACCCCAAUGUUCCACGUACAAAUGUUAAGAUAAGAUUUCACAGAAGAUAACAAAAGAUUAUUUAAUUGGCAUGAGACAAACAGGACUCCCAAGUGUCAUCCGUUUUCACCACCACCAUUUGUGGCAAACCAGGACACUAGAUGAUAAAUCGCAGACAUGUAUUUCAAACGAAUCGGAUAUUGACUGACGCUUUUUUUCCAAAAUCAGACAUUGGCAAAUUAAAGUGCUGACAAAAUAGUCUUUCUUUUUUUUAAUUACGAAAUUGUGUGCUGAUGAAAAUAAAUGGUUUCACAGUAAUUGUUUUCGUAAAUUUUGAUCUCUUUUCUUUGCUUUUCUUAAUGUGUUAGAUGUGCAAUGUUAAGCUAUGAAAAUUUGAAAAGUAUGAGUGUUUUAAAUCAUUAAGAUUUAUUGCAAUGCUUUGAACAUCAUUUUAGUGUUUAGCAAAAGUCUGCUUUUUUAUUUAAAUGUUGGCAUGGACAUGAGCAUUUUAUAAAUGGAUAUAGGGUAACAAUAAUGAAGAAUUAUUUAUCACAUGUUACCUGUUAAGCAAAACAAGUUUUUACUUCUGCAAUCUACCAGUAGAUGUAUUUUGUUUGAAUAUUUCCUAUGUCUGAAUGAUUUUUUACUAUAUGUAUACACCUCAAUACAAUGUUAAGGGGUUACACUAAAAUCACUUUGGGCGUCUGUCCUGAAACUUGUGUCUCAACUGCUCUUCAACAGCUGUGUGAAUUUGGUUAAUAUUUACACAUCUAAAUGACCUUAGGGUAUAGAUGAUCCUUAUCGAAAGAUUUACAUCGCAACCAGUUUUUGCAGCAUAAUAUCCCUUGGUCUGUCUUUCCACUAAAAAGCUUAUGUUUUAAAUUCCCCCUUAACAGCUGUGUGAAUUUCGAUAAAUUUUUGACAGUUAAAUGAAUGUGUAGAUGAUAGUAAACACAAUUUUAGAAUAUAUAUUCCUCCCCCAUUUUAUGUACUCAACUAUCAUUAUUGUUAAGAAUUAAAUUUUGGCGGAAUUAUGGUCUUUUGUUUUUUUUUCCACCAUAUAAAGCCUCCAAAUUGUGUGUACUGAAUUCCUCUUAUAAUGUUUGCAAGAUGUAGUUCAAACUUUAUCAACUGAAUGAGUUUCAUGUGAAGAUGAUUGCAAAGAAAGUAUUUUUGUUAUGAGUAGAUGAUUAUAGAGAAAGGAAUUUUUAUUGUGACCAGUUUUGGCUGAAGUUCGGCCUUUGUCUGUUUUUCUACUUAAAAAUUAAUAAGCGUCAAAAUUGUGUGUACUUAACUUCUCUUUAACUGCUUUGUGCAUUGUGCUCAAAACAGAUGAAUUACUUUAAUGUUUAGAUGAUUGCCAAGUUAAUAAUUCUGUCCAAGCAUAUGCUGUGGAGGCACCACUGUUUAUGGCAUCUUGCUAAUUGCAAUUGUCUGACAAUGAAUUUACCAGGUAUUCAUUAUUUAUAGCAUUAAUGUUUAGUCAAAAGGCUACAUUUUUUGUUGGGCAAUAUUUAUUUGUGGUUUAUUUAUAUUAUACAACUUAUCUUUAUUUACUAUUUAUGCCCCCCCUUUGAAGAAGAGGGGGUACAUUGUUUUGCUCAUAUCAGUCGGUCCGUCCACUGAAUGGUUUCCGGAUGAUAACUCAAGAAAGCUUAAGUCUAGGAUCAUGAAACUUCAUUGGUACAUUGAUCAUGACCUGCAAUGACCCCGAUUGAUUUUCAGGUCACUAGGUCAAAUGUCAAGGUCACGGUGACUAGAACCAGUAAAAUGGUUUCCGGGUGAUAACUUGAAAACGCUUACGCCUAGGAUCAUGAAACUUAAUAGGUACAUUGAUCAUGACUUGCAGAUGACCCCUAUUGAUUUUCAGGUCACUAGGUCAAAGGUCAAGGUCACGGUGACUCGACACAGUAAAAUGGUUUCCGGAUGAUAACUCAAGAAAGCUUAUACCUAGGAUCAUGAAACUUCAUAGGUAUAUUGAUCAUGACUCGCAGAUGACCCCUAUUGAUUUUCAGGUCACUAGGUCAAAGGUCUCGGUGACUUGACACAGUAAAAUGGUUUCCGGAGGAUAACUCGGAAGAAAGCUUACACCUAGGAUCAUGAAACUUCAUAGGUACUUUGAUCAUGACUGGCAGAUGACCCCUAUUGAUGUUCAGGUCACUAGGUCAAAGGUCAAGGCCACAGUGACAAAAAGCGUAUUCACACAACGGCUGCCACUACAACUGACAGCCCAUAUGGGGGGCAUGCAUGUUUUACAAACAGCCCUUGUUACAAUUUAACUUUGAUCAGGCCUUUAAGAUGGUAAAGGGCAGUACCUUAACCCACCACAUGUUAAAGGUAUUUUCAAAAUACUUAUAACAGAAGUCAACUGAUCACCACACAAAUUAACAAAUAUCAAGUUGGGUUUCAUCUGCAUUUGCUCGCAUGUCUUGGAUAUGUUAAUAAGAAAAACGUUCUGUGGGCAAAACAGUAUGAUACAAUUUCAUCAUGGAUACAAUGCAGGUCUCAAAAUGUGCAUGCUUCUUAUAAUACAUGUAAAUAGAUUUCCCGGUGUUACAUUCAAUACAGUUAGGGGUCCAAGAGAAAUCGAAUAGAUUUUAUAUUAAAUUGUUCUGAGAAUCAUUACAAAAAUGUGUCACUUUGUUAAGGAAAGUGUUUGUAUUGAUCAAGACCAACAACAAUAUUGUCAACGUUUUUGUCAGGUUUAGUACAAUGGUGGAAUUAGGCUUUGUGCAAAUAAUGCUUAGGAAAUUUCUGUGCAAGCAUCAAUUAAUGACCAAAUGUUAAAACAGAUAUGAAAAGUAUGACUCACAGGCCUUAUAUAACAGUAUUGUAGUUUUUAAUGUGGUAAAUGUGAAGAAGUUUAUUUGUAUUUGUGGUUAUAACCGGUAUAAAUAUUCUGAGUUAAUUCAAAUUGUCUAUCAGGAAAUGUAUUAUGGGUUCUAUCUUUCAACAAUUAUAUAUGUGCCAAUACCAUUCAGGUGCUCAGUGUUUAUUUGGAUUUUGAGACAAAUAGAAAAUUUAUAGUAAACAAAAAUGAGUUACAAAAAGCUAGUCCAGGAAGAGUUUAAAAAACAGUAUUUCAUGAUUCUUGACCAGGGUUUGUCUUGCUGAUUUUAUAUCUGUUAUAAGGUUCUAUUUUACCAAUUUAAAGUAAAUUGACAAUCAAAUUCCCAAUUGUGUGGGUAUGUGUCAAUUUCUCAAAAUUGUAAAAAAAGAGGCUUACCAGCAAUUCUUCUAUAAUGUGAUUGAGCAAUAAUACUAAUAUUGUAUGUAAGUGACCCAUCAUGCAUUGCAGACUAGUAUCAUGUAUAUAUCAUGUAUAUUUGAAGAAAUAUGCUGCUGUUUAGUGCCAACUAUUAUGUUAUUGAAAUUAAAUUAUUAUUACAGAUAAAA